ACCGGAGUGUCAUUUAAAGAUUCAGACUAAAGAUAGUUUGUUGAAAAUUUUAAUAAUACUGCUCGAAAAAACAAACAAACCUUUCUAAAAUUUAUUGAAAGAUGGCAUCAGCCAGCCCCGUUAAGGUAGAAAAAGGAUCGGAAGCCACAAUUUCGGGACACGAAGAAGCGGAGGCCAUAAUUAAAAGUAUGGAAGGAACGUACCUUCUGGUGGAUGUAGGAGCAAACCUCACCAACAAAAAAUUUUCCAGGGAUCUUGAUGCUGUUGUGCAGAGAUCAAAAGAUGCAGGCAAGAUCAGAAUACUUUUACUGGAGACUUGUUAAUAUUGUUUCAAACAGUCCACACUUGAUAACUUCUGAAACAUCAGACAUUUUUGAUGGGUAUGUACAUCUAUUUUAGGCAUCCAUCCACACGAUUCCAAGUCAUGGGAAGAUGAAACAAUAGAUGUUCUGAAAGAAAUCGCUUCCAAUCCCGAAUGUGUAGCAAUAGGAGAAUGUGGGCUUGACUUCAAUCGUAACUUUUCUCCUCCAGAUGUUCAAAUUGAGGUGUUUGAAAAGCAGGUUAAGUUGGCAUGCGAUCUUCAGAAACCUCUCUUUGUUCACGAACGUGAAGCUCACAGUGCCCUGAUGAAAGUGUUGGAACGGUACCAAGAACGUCUUCCAAGUACUGUCAUGCAUUGUUUCACAGGAACUCAACAAGAAGUUAAAAAAUAUUUAGAUAUGGGGUUUUACAUUGGAUUAACAGGAUAUUUGUGGAAAGACAAAUCUGAAGACGGUGUUCGGAAAAUCCUGGAGGAAAGACUAAUUCCACUGGACCGUUUACUUGUUGAAACUGAUUCUCCUUUCAUGUACCCCAACACUCGGGCUUCCAAGCUUCCAAUCGACGUGAAGGAUGCUCUGUCGGAACGUUCUUUAAGCUUUCUUCAUCGUUAUUGCACGUUUCAAAGAAACGAGCCGUGCUCCUUGCCAAUAAGCGUCGAGAUGAUUGCUGCCUACCUCAAAUUGAAGCCUGAUGAUGUUGCUCUGAAAACAACUUAUACUGCCUUAAAGGUGUUUGGACUGAAUUAGCUUAGAUGAAAAUAAAGGUGUCUUAUUUGCAUGUUUGCAUGAAAAGUUAUCUGCUUAUAAUUUUUACUUUAUAAUUAAUGUAAAUGAAAUAUUAUGUUUAAGAGACACCUAGAAAAAUAAGCAAAAAAAAAACAAUCGUUGUUAUCAAAAAAGUCAGCGCAUAAACUGACUGUUAACUGUGCCUUUUUUUAUAUAUAAGUCAAAUCUUUAAAGAAAUUAAGAUAUAUACACAAGGUGUUGCACACGUAUACAGUCUUAAAAGAAUGUAGUUAAACGUUGUUCCUUUGACCUUGCUGGUUAGUUUGUGUAUAUUUUAUAAAGAUGAUGGUAUUUUGUGGUAAGAUAUUUUUUAGAAGAUUUUAUCAAACGUAGAACAAGAAAUUGAGUGAUAGUUUCUGGUAAACUAAACGUUUUACAUUUUAUGUAAAAUUGAUGGCACACCUACACUGUAAGAGGACGACUUUAUUUCACUCAUCUACUCAGAUUCUAUCUAAAAAAGAACAGUACUAUUAAAUUGACAUUAAAACUAAUAAAAUGUCGAGAUUUAUUUAUUUAUUUCUCAUUUUUAAUAAGAGUAACUUCUGUUGAUUGUAUUUAUUGUGGAGUGUCCCUUUUUUUUAAAUUCAAUUUUAUUUGUUAAACUUACCACCUAGGAUAAGUGUGUGUGUGGUGGACCAACAUGGGCUAGAACUACCAACAAACUUACCAUGGGCUAGAACUACCAACAAAAUUACCCGUAGCCCAUGGGCUAGAACUACCAACAAAAUUACCCGUAACCCAUGGGCUAGAACUACCAACAAAAUUACCCGUAGCCCAUGGGCUAGAACUACCAACAAAAUUACCAUGGGCUAGAACUACCAACAAAAUUACCCGUAACCCAUGGGCUAGAACUACCAACAAAAUUACCCGUAGCCCAUGGGCUAGAACUACCAACAAACUUACCCGUAGCCCAUGGGCUAGAACUACCAACAAACUUACCCGUAGCCCAUGGGCUAGAACCACCAACCUACCAAAAAAUUCCCCAUAGCCCAUGUCACAUAGGCUAGAAGUUACUAAUGGUUAUGUUUAGUAAGUUCACCUGCUGUUAGAUUAUCUUGAAUAUUCUGAUCACAAGUUAGUAAUAAAGGUGUUAACAAUUAAGAGGUAGCUGCACAGCUUAACAUUUUGAUAAUUAAUGCUGCACAGCUUAACAUUUUGAUAAUUUUAGCCGCAGCACAUAGAGUGGCUCUGAAUUUCUUCAAGUACAAACUUUUAGCUCAUAGCUCCGUCAUCUCCUGGCCAAUUUGAGAUAUGGUUACAGCCAAGACUAUUGAGGAUUCCGUUUUGUUUAUGAGCUUAGAACAGUUUCUUCCUGUUAGCUUGAUCACUCUGAUAUUUAUACCCAAUCUGUGGGUUUAGUUAUACUAUUACACAAUAAUGUUAUAAUAAGUAUACUACUCUAGGCCUAUUUUCUUAUAUGCUGGACUUCAUAAAAACAAACGAUACAUUCAAACUUUGUAAAAUGUUUAGUUUAAAUCUAAACUUCCUAAUUUUAUAUAAUUUUUAAUCAUUCCUUUUAAUUCGAUAUAUAACAAAUUCAAUAUUUUACAGUCACGUUCAAUUGCAGUGCCUAAUAUAUGCUAAUAUGUGAAGCUUAUAAACUGGUUUUUAUUCCUGUGUACUAGAAAAUACUAUGUUUCCAGUAUAAAUAUUGGAGUAACUGGACAAUCCAGUGUGUUUUAGAUAAGUUAUUUGUGGACAUGUUUGUGUUCUAGAAUUAAAUUACGUGUUCUAGCUUUCUACAGAAGCAGUGUUUCAUAUUUUCGACUUAUCUCAGAAUGAAGUUAAACAUUUCAAAGAAUCGAACAUGACUAGAUCUUUAUGUUCUAAGAUAGUUUCAUGUCGAUGUAGAGGAAACACUAAAAAAAAAAUAUACAUUGCGAUCUUGAUCUAUGGCAUCACCAUGUUUUUAUUGAUCAAUAACAACAUAUUUGGAUUGGUCAGUGUGUUCGUAGAUUUAAAGUACACUAUGAACCAAUUGAUCCACACCAUUUAUCUCGGUGCGUAUAAUUUCUUGUUUCUUAUUAAUAAUACGGUCAGUUCACCUUAAGUUUUAUUCGGUUUAAUGCUAGAUUUUAAAUGUGUGCAAAUAGUUUUUUUUUCUUGUAUUAAAGAUUGGAUUUAAGGACCAAAAUUAAUUAAUAAAAAUAAUUUCCUACUCAUCAAUAUAAACAAUCUACUUCAAUUUAUUAGUAGUUAUUGGAUAAAAUGCUUUUGUUCCUGUUUUCAUUGUAAAAAUUUUACUUUUUUUACUCGCUUGACGUCUAGCUUUAUCCAAUCACAUUCAAGUAUACUUUUGUUCAGGUUUUUUUUAUUAGUGGGUAAUGUUGAUUGUCCAGUGAUGGAAAUACUUCUUCAGUAAACUGUUCUAGUCUUGCUCUUUUCAUGCUUUACAUUUUCAAAUAACUUUGCAUCUAUUAUUUCUCCAUCUGUUGUCAUCAGCGUAUCUUUGGAAGGGUCCUUCUAGCCACAAA